GCUGGACCAGUGCCUGGAGUUCUUGGGAUGAGUCUUCAGAAUGGGGAUUUGCCAGGGCAGUCUUCCAAAAUCCACUAAACCCUUGAAGCAUGAACUAAAAGAAAAAUUGAAAGACUCUAUCAUCAUCUUUAUGAUAGGAGGUCCUGGCUCUGGUAAAGAUGUGCAGAGUAUCCGGCUAGCUAGCAAAUACGACUUCUCCCAUGUGGCUAUUGGAGAACUGCUGCGGGAAGAAGCCAGCAGGAGUACUAGCAAGGGCAAAGCCAUUAGGGAGAUCCUGCUGAAAGGGGCUCUGGUGCCCUCGGGCUACAUCUUAGAACUGCUGACUGACAGGAUGUUAAAAGCUGAAAAUUUCAAAGGAUUCUUUAUUGAAGGCUUCCCCCGAGAAAUCAAUCAAGCCAGGCUGUUUGAGGAAGUUGUGGGACGUUUGCCCAACAUUGUUAUAGUGUUCGACUGUUCUACAGAGACUAUGAUCCAGCGGCUGAUGAUCAGAAGCCAGCUGGGCCAAAGAGUGAAUGACCAUGAGAGAAUUAUCCGGCAACGGCUUGAGACUCACUAUACACUGUGUGACCCUGUCCUCACUUACUACCUGCAGAAAAGCAUACUCCGGAAUAUCCUUGGGGAGGAACCCCCAGAAGUAGUCUUUGCCAAGUGCUGCAGUGUUGUUGAUGAUGUGAUAAAAGCAGCUACCUCUGGUAUAGCUAUUUAGUUCUACAGAAAAAUAAAAGAUUUUAAGCUCUGGUCUAUUAGCAUGCCUUCCUCAGACCCCCCCCCCCUUUUAAAAAAAGAUCUUGAUUCAGAACUGCAUCAACCUCACCUAAUAAUCUGAAGCACAGAGAGUGGUCCUGUCUAUGACGAUGUAUUCAGAAAUCUAGGUUAAAUUAUAUCCUGCAAUCUCCAAGAAAAGCCAUGAUUGCAAAUGGUUCUCUGUGAGCAAAGUGAACUGCUGGCCAAAACAAGAAUGAAAGAUCACUUUCACAGUAAACAAUCAUAAAAUAAAGGGGAGUUACUGUUGCAGCAUAUAAGCAAGCUGUGAUCUACAGAGUAGUUUUAGGUCAUUCCAUUAAUUGAGAUGCUCUUUCUGAAAUUCCUCAGUCAAGGAUACAUUCCCACUUGUUUAAUUUAUCUCUGGAAUUAAGUUUGUACUUUCAAAGAUUAUCCUAUCUCCAAAUCAUGUCUGAGGUAGCAAAAUUCCAAGA